UGGGAAUCCCCAGCAUCGCACCUUCCCAACCAAGACACCCAGCAGACCCACGAAAAGAGGCCGUCGCCGUGGUGCAUGUGAACUGAAUUUAAUAUCCGCCGCCCAACCCCCAUCACCCCAAUAGCAUCGCCGCAUUUUGCCGACAACACUUCUCACUCGACAUCUCAAACCUCUUCGCCAGAUCCGUGACUGUUGCUUUCACUUCUCUUCGCCGACCCUUUGGUCGCAAACAUCAACUUCCCAGCUGCGCGGUUCCACUCUCGCCUCGAGAGCCCGCUCAGCGAUCCCUCGCGGCGACCCAUCCGCGCUGCGGCCUCUCCUUAUACUUUAUUCUUAUUCGUCGACCUUGUGGCCUUGAUAUCCGACCCCCAGUUUCAUCAUGGCCAAAGAAUUCUUCAUGUCGUGGGCGCUAUGGCAGAAGAUGACCUUUGUGCUUGCCUGCGCCAUUGUCGUCACCAUAUUUAUCGGACUUGCGAAGCUGCAGUAUGACAAGAUCAAGCUCCGGAAGUACACCAAGGUCGAGAAGGGCAAGCAAACCCAGACACCCGAAAUGCUCGAGGCGCAACCCAUCUCCGAAGAGCCAAAGGACGAGGUGCCUUUCGGUAUCAGGGCUAUUGAGAGCGGCAUCGAAGUGGACGGUGUUUGGAUAUCGCGAUCAAACACCCCGGUGGCGAGCAGCCGCUCCUCGAUGACAGAAGUCAAACUCCCACGCAGCCACACCAGCUCACAACUCGAGCUUCCCAAAGCGAUACAUGCCUCGUCGAGCCGUAGCAGCCUCGCAUCAUCCUUCGACCGCGCCGUCUCUGCCGAACGCCUCGCCACCAACGCCUCACGAUCCUCAUCACCCGGCCGCGAUACCUCCAGCGCAGCCCGUGCGCGACCGCCUGCGGCGCCGAGUUCUCGAUACAGUGGCUCCAACUUCCAGAGAAAUUCGGCCACUCUGCAGGUGCUAGAAGGAGCGGUAGAACCUCCAUCAUCAUCGGCUCCGAGAAGCGGGAAGACUAGCCCCCAGCACUCUGGAAAGUCCAGCGCAAGGACGAGUGACGAGUCGGAUUAUAUGGCGCUUCCAGAAGGCACGCCGUACGAACCGGCGUACAUCUACCCAAAACAAGCCUCCCUAACUCCUGUUGACCCUCGAACCGACCUCAAUCUUCUCCAGAGCCACCGGCUUUCCCAUGUCGCUGAGACUGGACAGCUUACCCCUCGUGUGCGCCGACCUGCUCACAGUGGAGAAUGGGCAAAUGCAGGCGACAACGUCAGGUCCACUCAGGAGAUUGCCACUUCGAAUGGCGUCGACUAUUUCGUUCCCCGGCAGAAGACACCCUCUCCACCACUGAAUUCUAUCACAGAACCGGCACUAAGUCCCUCCGUUCCUUCCUCAUCUAGCUAUUCUCAGGACGGCCAUCCAUCCAACCAGGGCAAGCAGGCAGUCCCACUCCUCGAGACAUACGCAUCGCAAGCGUACCAAUACCAACAGCCGCAAACCUACCAGCCUCGAGGGCCCCAGUAUGAGCACGACGAAGAAGUUCCGCGACAUGAGGUGCAAACAGCGCAGAACAGUCAGCGCCAAUCUCAAUCUCAGGUGCUGCGCAAAGUCAACUCUGGAUUCGAAAUCUUGCGACCAGGCACGCUAGGAGAGCCACCGAGCCCGGAGAACGAGGUCCAAUCCCCAGCAGGCGAGAAGCGCAAGCCGAAGCGCCUCCAGAAGCGACGAACCUCGUCUGGCACCGACAGGACUUCGCACUUUGUCGAGCAAGUCUAGUUGAGGUACAGACCCUUGCAUUCUCGUUCGGAAGGGUACACCCGUCCAGACACAUGGGAUCGGUCGACGCGUAAACGCGUGCGAGGCGCGUUUCUCC